GAGGUGGUGAGUGAAUGUUGAUGGGACUGGCUGGUGGGCCGGAGUAUCCUUUGUGUUGAAGAGGGAGUGCACACUCGCUGGCGAGAGAACUGACACGGUUUCUGAUCGGGCCACAAGUCUUACCAACAGCUGCUGUCUCACUCUCGGGAUCUGUUGGAUGGCGUCUUUGAGGGAUGAGUGGUGACUGAAGAUGGCGACCCCGCCGCCUGCUGCCUCUGCUGUGGACGUUGCGCCUGGAGCCAUCCCAAGCCCCGACGCCGUCAACGCCAUAUCUGAAACUCCAGACGCAGAACGCCUGAGCCUCAGCAGCAGCUGUUCCUCCUCUAGUUCCAGCUCACCUUGUGUGCUCUGCUCGGACACCCAUCCGCUUGAACAACCAACAACACUUCUUGGUGAAAAGGGAACAAACAGUUCAGCUGCCUGGUGUGCUCGUCACAAGUCAGAAGCUGUGUCACUUUUCUGUCGCACGUGUCUUGUUGUGGCGUGUGCAGAGUGUGUACGUGUGGAUCACAGUGGAGGUUCACAUGAAAUAGAGCGUGUUUCGGAAGCGGGUCCUAGACAACAAGAAAUGGUGGCACGUACUGUUCUAGAAGGGUGUAGCAAAGCUGCAGACAUAAGAGCUACUGUCAAAAAUAUAGAGCUAGCUGCCAGUCGACUACAGGUGCAGUACCAUAAGGCUCAAAAUGAGAUACACGAAACAUUCCAAUUUUAUCGCUCAAUGAUAGAAGAACGGAAGCAGGAACUUCUGAAGGAAUUGGAGAGUAUUUUCUCAGCUCGGCACAUGUCUCUUGGAGCACUUGGGCAGCGUGCCCAAGAAGCUGCUGACAGAAUUAUCAACACUUGCGAAUUUGCUGAGAGGUUAGCUAAACAUGCAUCUUUGCCAGAAACAUUGAUGCUUAGAAAGGUUCUUGAUUCUCGGUUUGCCACAUUCUCAAGCUAUGGACAGGACGCUACUACAACACCAGUCAUGACCAACUGUGACUUGGAGUUUGUCUCAAAUUACCAGGCAAUACAGGUUGGUGUUCGUAACACAUUUGGAUAUGUGCGAUCCAGUGCAGGGUCUGAGUUACCUGCAGUAGGCCCUACUAAACAACCACCUAUAGCUCGUCCAGUGAAUGGAACUACAGUUGGAAGUCUCACAAAUGGUGGCAUAAAUGGGCUUCAUCAUGCUCCUCAACAACCUACCAACGGAGUAUUAGAGAGGCCGUAUUCGAAUGGGCUGGCACCAUCACCGUCACCAUUUGAGUCAAACAUAAUUUCAAAACGUUUCAGCAGUGCCAACAGUCUUGGGCCUUUUGGGGCAACUGUAAGUGGUGACAUUAAUGGAUUAAAUGGAAGCAAUCCAUACGAGAAAUGGUCAAAUGGUGGUUCGGAAGGAGGGAGUCCAUUUCAGAAUGGUUGUGGAAGUGGAGAUGCAUAUGGCUUAACAUCACACGACAGUGUACUUGAGCUCACAUCCAAAUUGGUUUCAGCUGCAGCAUUUCCACCAAAGUCACAAAUAAAGCGACAGAAGAUGAUAUAUCAUUGUAAGUUUGGUGAAUUUGGUGUAAUGGAAGGCCAGUUUACAGAACCGAGUGGAGUUGCAGUAAAUGCACAGAAUGACAUAAUCGUAGCAGAUACCAACAACCACCGCAUACAGAUAUUUGACAGAGAAGGCCGAUUCAAGUUCCAAUUUGGUGAAUGUGGAAAAAGAGACGGGCAGCUGUUGUAUCCAAAUCGUGUAGCUGUCGUUCGCACAUCAGGUGAUAUUAUCGUCACGGAGCGUUCACCAACUCAUCAGAUCCAAAUCUACAACCAGUAUGGCCAGUUUGUGCGCAAAUUUGGUGCCAACAUUUUGCAGCACCCACGUGGUGUUACUGUUGAUGGGAAAGGGCGUAUUGUAGUUGUGGAAUGCAAAGUUAUGCGUGUUAUCAUCUUUGACCAGUCGGGCAACGUACUGCAGAAAUUUGGUUGUUCUAAGCACUUGGAAUUUCCAAAUGGUGUUGUUGUUAAUGAUCGCCAGGAGAUUUUUAUAAGCGACAAUCGUGCUCAUUGUGUUAAAGUGUUCAAUUAUGAAGGUGCAUACCUCAGGCAAAUUGGUGGCGAAGGAAUCACAAACUAUCCCAUUGGAGUUGGUAUAAAUUCUGCUGGUGAAAUACUCAUUGCAGACAAUCAUAAUAAUUUCAAUUUAACAAUCUUUACACAAGAUGGACAGCUUGUAUCUGCAUUAGAGUCAAAAGUCAAACAUGCGCAAUGCUUUGAUGUUGCCCUCAUGGAUGAUGGCUCUGUUGUCCUUGCAAGUAAGGAUUACAGACUGUAUAUUUACCGUUAUGUCCAAGUCCCUCCUAUCGGCUUAUGAAUGCAGUAUCACAAAUUCAGUAAAAGUCUGAGGGACAAUCUGUGCAAGAACAACUCUUUUUAAUGUGGAAUUGUGUAUAAAUCCAGCUUUUAGCAUUGUGCAUUUCUUUGUUAUCUUGUCCUUGUCCUUUCUUACACAAAUAUUAGUUUCCAGUACUUAACAUCUCAAAAUGAGAAACUUUUGUAUUGACCAUUCCUUUGUGCCAUCGGAUAAGUUUCUCUGUAGAGAACUUUCUCAUAAAUCCUGGCAGAAACAUAUCCUUUUUUUAUACACACAUUGCUGUGAAUUGCUCCAUUCUGAUGUUUAGAUUGCAUUCCAUAAUGGAAUGUAACAGAUUCAGAAUGACUGACUGAAGGAAUGAAGUACUGGCUACAGAAAAGUUUGAAAGUGGAGUAACCAUUCCUAAUGCUGUUAACUGUUUAUGCAUUUUUAAAUGAGACAGGAGUGCAGAUGAGCUUGUGUUCAUGCAGAUGUGUAUUCUUUGAAUCAUAUAUACAUAGUCUCCUCUCUUCAUAAUUAUGAACAGUAGUGUUAGUUUUGUACUAUGCUACAGUGUUAACUCUCACAGCUGCAUGAAAUACAUUCUAAAGUCCCAGUUCUACCAAUUGACCACUGAAUAAUUUAUGUGCUUUUAUGUAUACCAUUUCUGUGUUUCUCCCAGCUAACAGAAAUGGGCGAAACAUUUUGUUUUUUAUAUAUUGUAACAAUCUUCUGAGCAGUGUACCAUUUAAAAGAAAAAGCAAUGGUGCCUGGGCCAUGUUGUAUAGUUCUGGAAAUCUUGCACCUGUUUCAUAAUAAGCUCUAUUUUACUAUAAGUGUUUUUGUGCCGUUUUGUGACAUAGGAGUAGAAUAGCUUAGAAAUGACAUUUAUAAAUUCACAAACAGAAUGCUGUUAUAUAUUUGAUGAAGGGAGUCCAAAGAUUUCUACAAAAAGGCAACACUGUUAACAUAACAGCUUCCUGUUAAAUUUUUAUUUAAAAGAAAAUUUUGAAGUGUUUGCUGUUUGAAUGGCAGUGUUGGCUUUCCUUUGUUAUACUGUUCUCAUUUUAUUAUUUGUUAUGUUCUUUGAAGUGCAACAUUUCAAGAUCAGUUAUGUCCUAGUCACUCUGCGUAACAUUGCCUACACCACUGUGACAUAGCUACAGUCUUUGUCGGUGGCGAAGCACAAGAACAUGACCAAUUUAUAUUAUUGUUUUGUAUUUUCCGUUUGUUGUUGUUACUUUUUUCUGUAAGAAAAUGCAUUGAGUGGGAUGUCAUCAGUGACCUCCAGAACUGUGUUUUGAUACAAGGUACUGCCACUAAUAAGAUAUACUGAAGUUGAUUAUUGUGUGCGUGUAUAUAUCUUUUUAUACUUUCUGAUUUCACUUUGAGGUAAUUGUAUGAUCUGGAGAUAGAUUAUAAAUUCUUUCCAUUACACCCUCAACAAUAUUUUAGUGCUUACAUUUUGACGUGUCCUUGAAAUAGAGCUGUAGUUUUUACUUGCGAUAAACAGAAGGUUCCUGAGUUUUAAAAAAAUAUAUUGUUUUUGAAGUUCUCAUUUGUUAGUUUCUUCUUUCAGAUGAAAUAUUAUGCCUAUUGAGUUCUGAGAAAUUCUGUUGUUUUUGGUAGU